CACAAUAGGGCCGGACGGAGGCCCCGGCAGGGCAAAACCGCAGCGGCGCGGAGAGGUCGGGUGCACCAGCAACUGGAGGCGGAGGCGGGGCUGAGAGAGGUGGGAGGAUAUGGCGCGCGGGGCACUGUGGGACACAAACUAGGCAACGUGGGGUGGGACGGAAGCCUCGGAGGGUCAUAAGGCAGCGACGCGGGAAGUCUGGACGCCGUAGCUGCCUGUAAAGGAGGCCUGCGGCAGAGGUUCGGGCCCGGCGGCGGCAAUGGCGGAGAGGCCCGAGGACCUAAACCUGCCCAACGCCGUCAUCACCAGGAUCAUCAAGGAGGCGCUCCCAGAAGGUGUCAACAUCUCCAAGGAGGCCCGGAGCGCCAUCUCCCGCGCCGCCAGCGUCUUCGUUCUGUACGCCACAUCCUGUGCCAACAACUUCGCGAUGAAAGGGAAACGCAAGACUCUGAACGCCAGUGAUGUGCUCUCCGCCAUGGAAGAGAUGGAGUUCCAGCGGUUCGUUACUCCGUUGAAAGAAGCCCUGGAAGCAUACAGGCGGGAGCAAAAAGGCAAGAAGGAAGCUUCAGAACAAAAGAAGAAGGAUAAGGAUAAGAAAACAGAUUCGGAAGAACAAGACAAGAACAGGGAUGAGGACAAUGAAGAAGAUGAGGAAAGGCUGGAAGAAGAAGAACAAAAUGAAGAAGAGGAGGUGGACAACUGAAGAGGCCGAGGAGACCGCCACACCUGGCGAGGUACCACUCUGACCGUGGUCCCUGUUUAUGUGACGCUUUUCCCUGCCGGGCAGAGUGGUUUUAGGCAAAAGUGCCUGAGAAGAUCAAAAUAAAAACUGACUAGAAUGAUCCAAACCAGGGCUUCCCAGACUCAGAGCAUCCGAGUAGCAAAAUCCUAUUUUGCUUAAUCCGUCUAACAAUGUUGGCUUUUUGGCAUGAGGGAUUCUGAACAGCUAAUUCAAUUAGUCAGUUUGAUCUCUCUCGUUUACUUAUAUGUGUGGUUAUGUAGUUUUUGAUCCUCAAUCUUUCUGUUCCUCACUGCCCCUGUCCCCCCACAAAAAAGUAAUAACUUCCAUGCUGUCUGCUGUGAUCUGGGUCACAGAUUCAGUCAAGUCUCAGGAAAAGUCGGGGCUUUGAUCAUGGUCAGCUUAUGUUUGAUUGUACCCUAUUUGGCACUAGCAACUUAUUAAGAGUGGUCAGAAUGGUUUUGUUUGAGAAAACUACUAAAAAGCUGUGGGAGAAUAAUGAAAUCUGUUCUGUUGUCCCUUCACUUGAUGGUAGCAGGAGUUGAAUUUUGUUUCGGUAGACUCACUUGUCUGGGAGGCCCCCCUGUAUUGCCUGUAGACGUUCGACCUGCCGGGUGACUGCGCUCUGGACCCGUAUCCUCUUAAAUCCACAGUGGAAAUUGGAAUUAGCUAAGCAAGGGUGCCAAUGUCUUAGUGUUGUUAUAAAACAGGUGGUUUAAUCUCAGCUACACACAUCACCGCUUGCCACUGUACAGCUUUAGGAUUUCCUGUCACCUUUGAGAGGGUGUAAAACCCCAGGCUUUCUCUUCUUGUCCCUCUCCAGACUCGUGACCAUAGCUUUUCAUUCUUCAAUUCCUGACAAGUUCCAAACUCUGUCCCCUCUAGGCCCGUGUUCUCCUCUGCUUCUCACUUCCUGUCUCUCUUCUGCUUCUCCUCCGCUCCCCAUUCCCACUUUUCUUUUCUACUUCCAUUUUUCAUUUUUCUGUCAGUCUAGGAACUUUGGUAACUUGCUUACAUCUCAGAGUGGGUUCCUCUGAUUCCUUAUUUCUCAUCUCAUGCCUUCAUUUCUAAAUCCUAAGGGAAAUCUGAUGGUGCUCAGGAAUCUAAUUCCUCCAAACCAUCCCUUUUAUCGUCUUCUAAAGGAUCUCAUUUGGCCUAUCUUAACCUUUUUCGUUUUCUAUUCAGUGCUCCAAGCACAUUUUUGUUUGUCUCCAAGUUGAGCACUUGGGGGUUGACGUGUAGUAAAGUGUAGUUUGACACUGUUAACUUGUUACAUGCAUAAUAAAUAAGUGAAGAAAUGAUGAGAUUAUAAUGUUUUGUACAAAUAAAGGACAGUCUUGUUAAAAGUGAU